GUUUGCAAAUACCUUUUAUACUUAAAAUGUCAACGAAUACAAUCAAAAUGUUGCAAUAACGUAAUAUGGACGUAGAAGUCUCAUGCUUCGAGGAUAAAUUACAAAUAUCCCCCUCAAAAUAAAACAAGGAAAAUUCACAUCAUAUUAAGGCAAAGACCUGCGAUAUGAGUGAUCUUAUCAAAAUGUUAAAUAAAGUAGAGAUACAAAGUACUUAAUAAGGAGACUAAAUUGAGAUAGAAUAAGAUAGUACUCCAAAGAAGUAAGUUCAGCAAGGAAAGACUUGCAGAUACAUUCCCUUAAGGAGUGGAUAGAAAUAGACUCUGAUUGAGGAAUUCCAAUAUCGAGAGAUCGAGGACGAAAAUUAGGAACCUUAAAAAGGAAGUGAUUAUAAAGAUUAAGGAAAUGUUUCAUUAAAGGAUAUCUACAGGAUGCACGUAUUUGGACAACCCUUAUAAAAUGAAGAGUUGCAUUGGGAAUAGAAAAACAUCUUCAGAUUCAAUGACAACACUCCUUAAAAAAGGAAUAUCUUAUAAGAUAUCAAUCCUUCAGUAUUGGAAACCUACAAUAAUUUGAUUGAAUAUAGAGAAUAGUUCUAAAAUAGUUUGGAUUACCAAUAUAGUCAGAGAAAAAUAAAUAAGGUUCCAUUUAAAGUUUUGGAUGCCCCUCAAUUAUAAGAUGACUUUUAUUUGAACUUGAUAGACUGGAGCUCUUAGAAUGUCUUAUCAGUGGCUUUAUCAUCCUGUGUCUAUUUGUGGUCAGCCUACAAUAACAGAGUGACUAAAUUUUGUGAUUUUGGAAACAAUGAUGUAGUCUGUUCAUUGAUUUGGAAUCCAAUGGGUAAUCAAUUGGCAAUCGGAACUGGUUCAGGAGAGAUCCACAUAUACGAUUAGGAGAAGAUGAAGAGAAUGUAAGUAAUAGAAGGACAUUCAGCAAGAGUGGGAUCAUUGGCAUGGAGUGGACAUACUCUUUGUUCAGGUUCUAAAGACAGAUCAAUAAUAUUACAUGAUCCAAGAUAGAAGAGAUAGACUGGUAAAUUCGAAGGACAUAAAUAGGAAAUUUGUGGAUUGAAGUGGUCACCAGAUGAAUACCAAUUGGCCUCAGGUGGAAAUGAUAAUAAAUUAUUCGUUUGGAGAAUGGGUUCAUAGAUUCCACUAGCUAAGUUCAGUUAACAUCAAGCUGCUGUUAAAGCAAUCGCUUGGUCCCCUCAUAGACAUGGAUUAUUAUCAUCAGGUGGUGGCACUGCAGAUAGAACCAUUCGAUUCUUUAAUACUUUGACUACUGAAUAAUUAGAUUGGAUAGACACUGGAUCUUAAGUUUGUAAUUUGAUGUUCAGUAAGAAUGUCAACGAAUUCGUAUCAACUCAUGGUUAUAGUAUGAACUAGAUUGUCUGUUGGAAAUACCCUAGCUUAUAAAAAGUCACUACUCUUAUGGGACAUACUUCAAGAGUUCUAUUUUUAGCUAUGUCACCAGAUGGAGAAACUAUUGUUACUGGUGCUGGUGAUGAAACCCUAAGAUUCUGGAAUGCAUUCCCCAAAAAAGAAUAGGCUCAACCUACUAACACUAUUUUAUUGCCUUAGAUGAUUAGAUGA